CAAGAAUAUAAUUCAAUAGGUAUUUUACAUCGUCUUUUGUUGGUUGUGUGACCCAUAUAGUUUUAUGACGUCAGUCAAAGUAAGAACUUAUUUUUGUUCUGUUAAACGAUGUGGGUAUAGUUGGUAUAUCGUAGUGAUUUAAUGCAUUGAAAUAAAGGUUAUAAGUGCAUAAAUGUUUUACAAAGCAACAAUAAAGCCACAACAUAUAUGAUUCCAUUUCUACACAGUGUACAUACAGCCUUAUAUACACGUUUCUCAUGGUAUGAGCAGAGCAAAGUGAAGCACAGUGAAAACAAAGCAAAGAAUAGCGAGGUAUGAUAAAGCACACUGAUGAUCAUGGCACACCGGGGUACACCAGGAUAAAUGCAUCUAAAACUGCAAAAAAAAAAAAAAAAAAAAAAAAAAAAAAAACAUACCUUGGUAAACUUUUAUGAGGACAAUAGCCUAGCAAUCCUCAAUGCAGCUUCUGUUUUAUUUAUUUUGGUAUUUGUGUAUUUAUUUAUUGUGAAUACUAAACACUGUGAAUGCCGUCUACAGUAUUUUUAAAUUCAUAUCCUAAAUGAAUCGCACGAUGUGCAGGCACACUAAGAACCCGUGCUGUUCUAGAGCGCGUUGAAUUUCUGUAUGGGCGCGGGCGGGCGUUGGGACCCAGUGGUGGCGGCGGCACGUCAGCUCUGUUAUACCUCUCGAAAGAUGCAUUUUUGGUCAUCAAGCUAUUGCAUAUCAUUUAACAGCUGCAGGUGAGGUGGGCAGCUCGCGGUGCCCUUCUUUGUUAGACCGACAACUUCUGCGAGUUCCAAUGUGGAGCACGAGGAGGAGUGGCAAGCGCAUCUCACACCAAGACAUCUCUCCCUCCGCGUCCACUCUGCUCAGCGAAACAACAGAGGCAAAGGAGCAGUCAACGUUUUUUGUCCAGUUUCUCGAGAAGCGCGUUUCAGUUUAUCUGACACGCAGCAAGACCUUCUUGAGAGUGAAAUGCUACAGACGCUUCUUGUAUAAGGAAGGACAUUUCUACAGCUCAAGGAGCAGGACUGUUUAAUCACUUGGAUCGGUGGAGCUCUCUGUUGCGUGCGGACCACAGAUAAAUCCCAUCGUGUUUGGAUUAUACAUUAAUUUAAAAAUAAGAAACCAGGUUUUUAUCCAAUAACAUUUUACUACGGUAAAAUAAAAGCGACUCGGGAGAACAGCUUGUAGUUUAGCGGCUGUUACAGAGAGCGCAUUUGGGCGUUUUGAACGCUUUCUCUUCGCAUUACGCAGCCUGCAUUCGUCUUGCUGGAGAUCUUUGAUGCAAGAUGUUUGGUUUGAGUAGAGUUCAGGGGUCUUCACGGAUCCUCGGCAAGCCGGCGCUGGCCCCCGGGGGCUCGGGAUUAAAGCAGCUCAAUAAGAAAGGGGCAUCUUCCUCGGAUGGGUCCAAUGCCACCUCCCGGCUAUAUUUCGCUUUUAUUUUACUUCUCCUGACGCUAACGCCCAUGGCGGACUCGUCUUGGUGGUAUAUCGGAGCUCUGGGAGCGCGGGUGAUCUGUGAUAACAUCCCGGGGCUGGUGAACAAGCAGAGGCAGCUGUGCCAGAAGCACCCAGACAUCAUGCAGUCGAUCGGGGAGGGGGCGAAGGAGUGGAUCCGCGAGUGUCAGCACCAGUUCCGCCAUCACCGCUGGAACUGCAGCACCCUGGAGCGAGACCACACCGUGUUCGGCAGGGUCAUGCUGCGCAGCAGUCGGGAGGCAGCGUUUGUGUACGCCAUCUCCUCAGCCGGGGUCGUGUACGCAAUCACGAGGGCCUGCAGCCAGGGGGAGCUGAAGUCCUGCAGCUGCGACCCCCACAAGCGAGGCCGGGCCCGCGACGACAGGGGGGAAUUCGACUGGGGCGGCUGCAGCGACAACGUCAACUACGGCAUCAAGUUCGCCAAGGCCUUCGUGGACGCCAAGGAGAAGAAAGUGAAGGACGCGCGCGCUCUCAUGAAUCUGCACAACAACAGAUGUGGGAGGAGUGCGGUGAAGCGUUUUAUGAAGCUGGAGUGCAAGUGUCAUGGAGUCAGCGGGUCUUGUACACUGAGGACUUGCUGGUUGGCUAUGUCAGACUUCAGAAAGACAGGAGACUUCCUGCGGAAAAAGUACAAUGGGGCCAUCCAGGUGACUAUGAACCAGGACGGGACCGGCUUUACUGUGGCAAACAAGAACUUCAGGAAGCCCACCAAGAACGACCUGGUGUAUUUUGAGAACUCUCCUGAUUACUGCCUCAUGGACAAAGCAGCAGGGUCGCUGGGAACAGCAGGGAGAGUUUGCAACAAGGCGUCGAGGGGGACGGACGGCUGUGAGGUCAUGUGCUGUGGGCGGGGCUAUGACACCACCAGGGUGACGCACACCACCAAGUGUGAAUGCAAGUUCCAGUGGUGCUGCGCCGUCAAGUGCAAAGACUGCGAGGAGACCGUGGACGUGCACACCUGCAAGGCAUCGAAGCGGGCAGAGUGGGUGGACCAGACCUGAGAAAGCUCGUCCGCCCCUUCAUCGGGAUAUCGCUUCAGGCUACGGCAUUCUGGGAGUUGUAGUUCCAUUGCAUGGCUUUUAUUUAACUAAUGCGGCAAAGCACUAAAAGAGAACUACUUUUCCCAGAAGACAUUGUGGAUCCUUGCACAUGCUCAGUAAAUCUCUUAUUAUCCCUUCUGAAUGGGGAACUUGCAAUAUGUGCUUAAACUGUGAACUGCCCUAUUUUUUUGCAUUGUGUUUUUCUUUUAAAGUGGGACAGUGCAACUGCUCAUAAAAAUAAUUUUUUUUUAUGAUACUUUUUUUUUUUACGACUUCAGAACGAGAAAGAACUAUAUUAUUCUUGAAAAUAUUGGGUACGGCGAAUAUUUUUAUAAUGCUUUUAUUUAUGCUAUUUUUUGGAGACCACUGGUGUGGACCGAAAAAGGCUUUUAGUAACAAUAUGAUCUCGUUUUUAAUGAAUGGCUAGUGCUGAAUUAAAAGAAUCUGUGUAGAAAACUUCAUUGUUAUAUUUCCAAUUUCUGGUCGCAGAACAUCAUGUACAACACAAUUCAAGCUCUUGGGUAGCCUGUCCAUCGCUUUGGCGUCUGUUGGAUUCUCAGAUUAAGAAACCCCAGGUCGGGCUCUGAAUAGCAGCUCCUCAAAACCUGAACCUGAUACUAUUCCAACCCCUCCACUGACUCUCCAAGCUUCAGGCUGCUAGAACCCAACGAGGCCCUCGUGGGGAAGCAAAGCCUCUUGUGACUCCCAAUUCCCCCGUUUCUCGUUUGAAGAGCUGCACUAAGGAUGUAAAGAAAGAGCAAAACAAAACAAAAAAUUAAAAGCAGCUGUUGUGAUAACUCUGCAGUGCGUACAGGACUCUCCCAACAGCUCUGUCUGGAUCAGAGACCCCAAACCUCGUCCCACAACCUGGGAAGCUGAAGAUUAGUUCAGCAAGGGCUUUGUGAACCUAGAUUUCUGUGUUACAACUUGCCUGUGGUUGUUGUGUAUACUGCUUUUGUUAUUUCAAAGAAACUUCAUAUAAACCUAUGAUAUUGGUCUGUUACUAGAAUCUCUGCUGUUUUCUGUUUUUUUUUUAAGAAUCGUGGGAUUAAGCAAUGUCUUCCUGUCCAGGCGUGGGUUAAAUCUCUUUGGGGUAUUCUUCCAGUGCAAGAAGGGCCACAGUCAUGGCAGAAAUAAUGUACAAUGUCUUUCCCAGGCGGGUUGCUCUCUUUCUGUUUCUGCAGACUCAGUCCUAUGGAGAAUGCAGCGUGUAAUGUGGUUUGACAUCAUCGCCCCCCCUUAGGAAGUUAUA